UUUUCGUUGUUUAUAUAUUUUCAAUGACGGAUUAGCAUACGUUAAUAUUUUUAUUUUAAUCAUGAAUUUGGAAAAUGAAAAUGAUGGUAAAGUAUUAUCAGGAUCAACAUCAGGUUGGAAUGAUCCUCCAUUCUUAACUUAUACAUCAAAUUACUCAUUGAUGUCAUACAAAAAUACACAAAGAACUUUAAACGAAAGGCUUGUCCACCCGGAAGUGUCUUUAAUAAAUACAACUCGUAAUCAAUCAAUUAACACUCCAAAUCCUAUUACCUCACAUGUUAUAAAUAAUACAGAGACUGACUAUGAAGACACUAUGAUAAAUAAAGCAUUUAUAUUUGAUAACAUUCGAAAUUGCCUGAAAAAAAUUGAUAGUCAACAAGACUAUUCAAAAAGUUGGUACGAAGAAAUGAAAAAGAAGGUCGAUCUGUUUUUCGACGAUUGGGAAGCUGAUAAAUUAAACAUGGACAUUAAACGUAGGAUGCACGUAAUGGCUACUGCCAUGAAAAAUUGCGAUUUCGAUAAAGCCAACGCUACUCACCUUGCCAUGGUGCAAUUAUAUCCGUUGCAGAUAAAUUCUUGGUCAAUCGGUAUCAAGAAAUUGAUUACGCUGUCCAAAGACAACAAAUGACACCCAUAAAUUGCCAGAUAGACUGUCUGUAACACAUUGACAUUCGUUUUUAUAUAUUAUAUUGAAUCACGUUUAGACAUUCCAAAAUAUCUAGUAAUAUCUAUCAAAUGAUCACUCGAAUUACAACCGAAAUUUAUAAUCGAUACUCAUAAUUUAUUUAUUGAAUAUAAAUUCCCCAUUUCUGCAUAUAUUGAUGAUAUUUUUAAUAUUAUAUGAUGCCAUUGUUAAAUAGCAAUUUAAGCAAUGCUAAAAAAUUACAAUUUUAUCGGAUCAAGUAAUAUUUAUUAUUUUAUAAAGCUGUUAAAUUUUCAAAUAAUAGGCUGACUUUAUGUUGUUUGUUGUUACAGAUGAUUUGUUAAUUUUUUCCCCAAUCUUUUUAAAUUUAGGGCAAAUUUAUUUAUAAUUUCUCUUGAAUAU